AUGAAUUUCGAUAAUCUCUUUCGACGUUUUAUAUUAACUCAAUCAUUUGUACGUGGUUGGGAAAAUCCAUUCCAUUUACAAGGAAUUUUUACCUAUCGACGUGAAAAAAUUGGUAAACAAAAAGGUAAUCAAAAUUAUAUAAAUACUCGAUUUCGUUCACUACUUGCAAAUUAUUUACCACAUUUGGUUCCAUCUCAAGUAGCUACAGCUCAUUUUCAACUUGUUCUAUCACGUGAUCAUCGUUUCGGUAUUGAUUCAAUUCCAAUAGGAAUUUGUUAUGCUGAAACAGGUGAUCAUGGUUCAAUUCUUCUUGAAAAUCCAUAUUAUGGUUUAAGAAAACCACAAGAUCAAUCUCGUUCAUCAUUAUUAUAUGUGACCAAUUUAUAUAUCAUGGGUGAAGUACUUGUUUAA